UUGCAGUUUCAUUUAAGCAUUCGUAUCGUUUAGCUGGAUCGUUUGGCUGCUACAAAAUAGACAAAGUUGUUAUAAAAAUGUACGAGCAAGAAACAGCAACUGAUAAUACCAAGGUACAAAGUUCCAAAUUCAAGGGAACUAUCAAAGACAAUAUUUUAAUAGGGCCAGAAUGUCCUAUAUAUAGAGGAAAUGUCACUAUCAGUGAAACGAUACUCAAUACUUUUAAAAGCAAACCAGAUUUCGUCGGUCAGAUUGAUGCCAUUACGGGUAAACAUAACACUUUCGGCGAAAUGAGUGAACGCAGCAUUAAAUGCGCUCUUUGGUUAAAGAAACAGGGUGUAAAGCCGGGUGAUGUAAUUGGCUUUUGCACCGACAAUAAUCUCGACUCGAUCUUAGCUUUAUUAGGUACAAUGUACUUAGGUGCCAUAUAUAAUACGUGGGACCACAAACUUUCUCCAAUGACAGCAAAAUAUUUCCUCUCCCUGACAUCGCCAACAAUAAUUUUCUCAAUUCCGUUAUCGGCCGCAAGUUUAACGGAAGCCGCAAAGGAACUAAAAAUAAAUGUGAAAAUAGUGGUUUUCGACAAGCUAGAUGGAUACGAAUCGUUCGAAGACAUCUUGAAAAAUCACGAUAGUCGCGAGAUCACUGAAUUCAAAUGUGCACCACUCAACAACCUAGACGAGAUUGCUUUGAUCGUUCUUUCUUCAGGUACUACAGGUAUGCCAAAGGCUACUGAGAUCUCACAUUCUUCUAUCAUCCAAAAUUGCAUGCCUCCCGAGAAAAUCAAAGACGUAGAAGGCCACAUUUUUCUGCUUACAUCAACAAUACGUUGGCAGCAUGGUGUGACGCAAAUAUUAAGAGCUAUCUUGGCGUACUCCACCAGAAUUGUUUUACCAGAUAUUGCGGCAGACGGGGCAGAGGGUGCAAAUGACGAUGUAUUUUGCGAUAUCGUCCAAAAAUAUGGAAUAACUUUACUUGCUGUUGAUCCGUUCUUGUUAAUUCGAUUCAUUAAGACUGAUUUAUUGGAAAGGUAUCAAUUACCAACCGUAAAGAAGAUAUUUAUUUCUGGUUCAAUAUUUCGAAAACAGCAUCAAGAAGAAGUGGCUAAGAAAUUACCACAUGUUCUCAUACUUAAUGUUUACGGAUCUACCGAUGCAGGAGGUGUACUGACUCAGCAAAACAAAUAUAGCAAACCGGGAUCUAUUGGUUUUGUGAUUUCUAACGUCCGUAUGAAAGUGGCAAAUGUGGAAACUGGGAAAGCUUUAGAAGCUAAUAAAGUUGGGGAAUUACGCGUUAAAGUGCCAUUUGUAAUGAACGGAUAUCAUAAAGAUCCUGAAGCAACCAAACGAACUUUCGAUUCUGAUGGUUGGUUAUGCACCGGCGACAUGGGAUACUAUGACGAAGACGGGGAACUUUUUGUCAUCGACAGGAUAUCCGAGUUUAUUAUUUUUAGGUCAAUCAAUGUUUCACCCGCAGAAAUUGAGACUGUAUUAUACACUCAUCCCGCAGUAUUUCAAGCAGUGGUGAUAGGAAAACCUCAUGAAAUCGAUGGACAACAUCCAAUGGCUGCCGUCUCUCUAAUGCCAGGCAAAACGGUAUCGGAGCAGGAACUUAUCAGUUUUGUGGAAAAAAACCUGCCUGAUCAUUGUAAACUUCGCGCUGGUGUUAAAUUUCUUAAUAAAUUGCCGCGCACGACUACUGGCAAAAUCUCGAAGAAGCAGCUACGAGAUAUGUUUGUGAAUUAACUAUGACAAACUAUAAACUAUAUAAUAUAUAAUAUAUAUUAUAGCUUAGCAAAAAUUAUAAAUUUUUAUAAAAAGUUUAAAGUAAUAAUGCAAUUAAACACGUAGUUCAAUCAAGCUCGUCAAUCAUAACUAUCAGUAAUAUCGAUAAUUUAACAAACAUUAUUUUCACAACUGUGCACUUAGAAUUUCCCUCACGAAAUGUUUUCAUCUAAAAUUUUCCUCGCGUGUACUUAGCGCAUUACUGGCCCCGAUUCUUUUUAACUGACUAGCACGAUGCCGUGACGUGCCUUUCAGGCAAACAAUACCGAGGCAUCAAGAACGUCUACGCGCUUCAUCCGCCGAAUACAAUAUUCCAACAAGCCGUUUCGUGGCCAUGCCGGUUAGUGAAACAAGAUUGUUACGCCCGCCUGCUGUUGCUGUCAGCAACAUUUUCCGUUCAAAUACGGAAUUUCCGCUGCUUCCUUAGCGUGUAAAACAAGUCCUAAAAUUUGGACGCAGAUGAUAGAGAUUACGUUCGCUCGUCGCAUCAGAUAUUCUUUAACCAUAAAAGAACAAUAAGAACUAUUGUACAGAACUU